AUGCCGAGAGCAAAGCGCUCUUUAGCCGAAGCUGAUCUGGAUGUUCAAUUGUCGACAUCCCGAAAAUCUUCUAAAAACAAAGCGGAGGCUACUAGAGAUUCAAGGGAGACCACAAUUACGAAUGCAUCCAGUGGAAGAAACAAAGACGAUAUUUCUAAUGAAAUCAACCAUUCGAAUCUAGGACCUUCGUCAGUGCUUACACGUCCCACUCUCAGUACUGAACGUCCAUUGCUGAAUACUGCGACUGAGCCAAGAUUCAUUUUAAUCUGUCGACCUUACUGGGACGUUGAAGCAGAGAACCGUGAUAAAGAGAGUGAGGCGCAUGAUGAGCAACAUACGUGUGGCACUGACUGCGUUUGUAAAGCCCCGGCUAAUGAUUUUCCCCAAUGGACUUGGGCUGUAUCAGAGGAAGGCUUGCACACGUAUGAAUUGUUGAAGAAACAGGCUUUCAAUCGUGAUCAGGAUGCACAAGGGUUGUACAUUUACAACGAUUUCACCGCCUACGGCAUCAACGAGGUGGUUGACAAUUGGCUCAAAGACUUCAAUAAGACCAUUUCAAGGAGAACGGUAUCCCCAUAUGCUGUAUGGGCCCAGCUGGAAGGUAUUUCCAUGUUUUUACAGCUGGACUACAUUGAUAUAUGGUUUCAUGGCGAUGACUGCCGCGGAGUCGCUGAAACGAUUGCCCUCGUUGGCAAGGCUCUCUUGACUAGUCUCCAGGUGUUAAAGGACCACCGGCUACUUAAUUCCUAUCAGCCUGAGAACGGUGGGCUCAGAAACAUUUCAAUUGUUUUGGCCAUGUUCGUUGAGUUUGCUCGCUCAUGGACCGACAUGAGUGGUGAUCAUUACGGGGAGACGAAGUGGGUAUCGAAGGUUGGGAAACUUGCGAUGGAAAAUAGCAUCGAUAUCAAGGGACCUUAUAAGUUUCAUGAGCGCAACCAACAGAUUCUUGAGCCGGAGCCUGAGAAGGACUCAACUUCUGAUGGCCAGCCAAAGAAAAAGAAGAAGAAAAUCCAUUUUUCGAAUGGUACCUGGGGACUUGUGUCCUUUGUGGACGCCGAUUCCGAUGAUGAUGACAUUAAGGAUAAUGGUGAUUAUUCAGUGAGAGGAUGGAAGGAAUCAUUCAAGACCUACGCAAAGCAUCACACUAAAGGUGGUAGGAAGACAAUCGGUGGCACAUCGUACGAUAUCACCAAAAUAUCCAAGUCUGAGAAGAAGCGGUUUGAAUUGGAUGGAGUACCAUCUUUCAGUUUUUGA